AUGAGCAACACCCGAGCGGCGGCGGCGGCGGCGGCGUCAGUAAACAGAGAAGAAAUGAAGGGAGCAUCAGGUGAAGGACUGACCCUCGAAAAGCUCAAGGAAAAAAUGGCAUUUUUUGCCAAGGAAAGAGAUUGGGAUCAGUUCCAUAGCCCCAGAAAUCUGCUUUUGGCUCUGGUGGGUGAAGUGGGAGAGUUGUCUGAGAUAUUUCAGUGGAAAGGUGAGGUCCCAAGAGGCCUACCUGAUUGGGAAGAAGAAGAGAAAUUACACUUAGGUGAGGAAUUAUCAGACGUUCUUCUUUACCUUGUGAGGCUAUCAGACAUUUGUGGCAUUGAUCUUAGUAAAGCUGCACUUAGAAAGAUUGAACUCAAUGCAAUAAAAUACCCCAUCAGCCUUUGCAAGGGCUCUUCCCAAAAGAAUAACCAAAUCAAGACUAUUUCCGAAACUGCCCCCGCCCGCGACGCUGCUGCCACCAAUGCCACCACCAGCAAUGACAAUGGUGGUGUAUGA